CUGCUCCACAUCAAACUCCGCUAACGGUCACGUAUAGGUCUUUCUCUUUGACUGCGAUGGAUAGGCGUCCUCUGGUCUGGAGAUCAUUUGUACCCCAAGAUCCCCGAGACACUGGAGAUGCUGCGAAGUAAAGGCAAGCAGCUGGUCUUCGUGACGAACAACAGCACAAAGUCCCGCGCGGACUACAAGAAGAAGUUCGACAAGCUGGGUAUACCCGCCAAAGUCGACGAAGUCUUCGGCUCCUCCUACAGCGCUGCCGUCUACAUCAACCGCAUCUUAAACCUUCCCGCCCCCAAGAACAAAGUCUUCGUCGUCGGCGAAUCCGGCAUCGAGCAAGAACUCGACGCUGAAGGCGUGCCUCACAUCGGCGGCACCGAUCCCUCGUUCCGACGAGAUAUCGAGCCGGAGGACUUCAACAGCCUGGCCGAUGGGUCGGCGUUGGAUCCAGAUGUCGCUGUUGUACUGACGGGGCUGGACUUCCACAUCAAUUAUCUCAAGCUUGCGACGGCAUAUCAGUAUUUGCAAAGAGGAGCGCUGUUCCUGGCGACAAAUACGGAUAGCUCGCUGCCGAUGGCGCAUUCUUUAUUUCCCGGGGCGGGUGCAGUCGGUGCGGGAGUCGUCAAGGCGAUAGGACGGGAAGCGUUGUCGUUGGGGAAACCCAGCCAGGCGAUGAUGGAUGCGAUUGAGGGCAAGUUCCAUUUCGAUCGCAGCAGGACGUGCAUGGUUGGGGACAGGAUGAAUACGGAUAUCCAGUUUGGGAUUGACGGGAAGCUGGGGGGCACGUUGGCGGUGUUGACGGGCGUGAGCAAGAAGGAGGAGUUUUUGGCGGAGGGAGCGUCGACGGUGCCGAUGGCGUAUGUGGAUUGCCUGGGGGAUUUGCUGGUGUGAAUGGAUGGUGAUAGGGCCGAGCUUGCUCUGAAGGUGGUUGGUGAUGUCUGCAUUCGGCGAUAUCUCUUUGAGUUAGUAGAAUAUAGACGCCCUUGGGUAUAUAAUGACAUCCAAACAAGCAUAGCAUUUAUUA